UUCGCUCCAAAAGUAAAUGUUUGUGCCAGGCAUCGAAAAGCAACGAAGAUAGAAAUGGCUUCGACGGACCACCCUCCCGAAGCUGGACAAAAUUUUAAGUUAUUGGAGUACCUGACCCAGCAAAAUAUUCAAAUGAGUAUAGUCAUUACAAUAGCAGUUGCUUUCAUCACUAUUUCUGUGGUUUUAUUUUUUGGAAUAUGGAAGUACAAAUCCAAAGUACUUCCAAGUCAAAGCGAGGCACGAGAGCGCAAAUAUCGUUUCAGGAAACGGGAUAAAGUGAUAUUCUAUGGGCGGAAAAUGCUGAGAAAGGUACGGAGCUUUACAAGAAACACAAUGGGCACUGGAACAGGUGUUCUGGGGAGGCGAAAGUCUACGCAGAAACUUAUGUUGUCUCGGCUCAAAAAACUUGUAGGGGAUGUUGACAAGAAGCUCCUGAAACUUCCAGAAAUAUUUUUGCAGAAGCGUGAUCCCAGCUUACCACAGCUGAAGAAGAAAGCACCGCCAUCAAAAUUCUUGGAAGCUGAUUGGUCAGAUUUUGAAGAAUCUGAUCCACGCAUCCCACCAGAGAUCUUUUACCUCCUCCGCAGUGUGAGGGUGUUCGGCCAUUUGGAGAAGCCCUUCUUUCUGGAGUUGUGCAAAUUUAUGGAAUCUGUGAAGGUUCAGGCAGGUGACUACCUGUUUAGAGUGGGUGACGUAGACAACUGUAUAUAUGUGGUGCAGAGUGGACUGGUGGAAGUCUUCGUCAAAGAAAAGGAUGGGGAUGAGCAUUUGGUCAAAGUUGUCAGUACUGGAGACAGCAUUCAUAGCCUUCUCAGCAUCUUGGAUGUGUUGACAGGUCAUCCAGUACCAUACAAAUCAGUGUCUGCCAAAGCUGUUGUAGAUUCCAUUAUUCUGAAACUUCCAGCCAUUGCAUUCAGCUCCAUGUUUGAACGUUUCAGUGAAUCUGUUGUCAGGAUGGUUCAGAUCAUCAUGAUCAGGCUGCAGAGAGUGACUUUCAUGGCAUUGCAUAACUACCUUGGCCUCAGCAAUGAGCUAAUUAACAAUGAUUUUCACUCAGAUGUUAGAGUCUUGCACAUCAGUGCAUUAAGUCGCAUGAAUACACCAAGUUCUCCCCUGAAGGCUGGCACCUCUAAGGGAACUAACCCAUCAAGUCAAGAUGCUGAAAUAAACUCACUGAUGAGAUUGAAGAGUGCUGAGGAGGAGACAGAAAAACUAAACAACAUGUCUGAUUUCAACACUGCUCUCAUGCGUGCCAGAGUGGCAGAAGCUGGAGAGGACACUAAGACAUCUACUCUUGUUCGACAGGUGUCAGCAGAAGAGACCUCCAGUGGUGUGCGAGGAAAAUACAGGCGCCAGCCGCAGGCCACUGAGCCCAUGUUGGACCUAACUGGAAAUGUUCAGACUAUGACAGAUGAAGUUAUUUUGGAACUGGCUAGAAAAGACAUCACUGAGUUGCUUGGAUUAAAAAAUCCAAAGCUGUUAGAUGGCAAGCUGAGUUUGCAGUAUGUCAAGGCUGGUAAACUUCUUUGUAAGCAAGGAGACCAAGAUGUAGACCUGUAUUUUGUUGUGAAAGGUUCCUUGCAUGUUCUGCAACAGCUUGUUGGGGAAUCGGCUAAAGAGGUCAAGCUGUACUCUGCACAGCCUGGGGAGAUGGUAGGAAUGUUGGCAGUGUUGACGGGAGAACCAUCGUUCUUUACUACUCGCACUAAAUCUGAUGUCAUCCUUGCUGUCAUUACAAAGACUGACUUUUACAGCAUCAUGAGAGAAGAACCAUUCAUCGUCCUGAACACAGGUCGUAUGACAGUUCGCCGCAUGUCAGCUUUUGUUCGACAAAUAGACUUUGCUUUGGACUGGCAUAUGGUAGAAGUUGGCAAAGCCCUGUACCGGCAAGGAGAUAAAUCAGACUCUGUUUACAUCGUGCUGACUGGACGAUUACGGUCUGUGAUCACUUUGGUAGGAGGAAAGAAAGAGCUAGUGGGAGAGUAUGGUCGUGGAGAACUGGUGGGGAUUGUGGAAGUUUUAACACACACAGAGAGAGCCACAACUGUGCUGGCAGUACGUGACACCGAGGUGGCUAAAAUUCCAGAGGAACUUCUGACACUGAUAAAAAUGAAGUACCCACAAGUGGUCACCCGGUUAAUUCACUUGCUCGGUCAGCGUAUCUUGGGUACCUUGCAGAACCGCAACACAGUCACGCUUGGCCAUUCUCUGGGCAGUCGUGCUGGGUCUUCUGCAGUUGAGAAUGUUUCGAUGGUAACUAACUUGGCCACAGUGGCAGUGCUUCCUGUGUCUGAGAAUGUACCUGUGCAGAGUUUUACCAUGGAGUUGCAGCAUGCACUGAAUGCCAUAGGGCCAACAACCCGGCUUUCCAGUGAAAUCAUCAAGACAAGACUUGGUGCUUCAGCUCUCGAUGGUGUCAACGAGUUUCGCCUGUCUGCGUGGUUGAACCAGCAAGAGGACAUCAACCGCAUGGUGUUGUACCAGUGUGACUACACUGCUACCAAGUGGACGAAACACUGCAUUCGUCAGGCUGAUGCCAUUCUCAUUGUGGCAGUUGCUGAGUCAGGCCCAGUUGUUGGAGAGAUAGAAAAGGAGCUAGAAAACAUCGCUGUUCGUGCUCAGAAAGAACUGAUAAUACUUCAUCGCGAAGAUGCAGAAACUCCCCGACGAACAGCAGAGUGGCUCAAUGCACGGGAGUGGUGCUGUUCUCACCAUCACAUUCGAUGCAACAAACGUGUCUUCAGCCGCAAGCCACCAGCAAAGAUGCUGCAGAUAUACGAGAAACUAUUUGAGACGGAGGCUGACCGCAUGAGUGAUUUUUCUCGUUUGGCACGAUUCCUGACAGGAACUUCCAUUGGGGUGGUUCUUGGAGGAGGUGGUGCCAGAGGCCUCGCUCACAUUGGCAUGGUAAAGGCCAUGCAGGAGGUGGGCAUUCCCAUUGACAUGGUAGGGGGGACAAGCAUGGGCUCAUUCAUUGGUGCAUUGUGGGCGGAGGAGCGCUCCUACCCUCGCUUCAGUCAGCGUGCUCGUGAAUGGUGCUUUAAAAUGACAUCUGUUUGGAGGAAGGUGUUAGAUCUGACCUAUCCAUAUACCUCAAUGUUUACAGGAGGGGCACUCAAUGAAGAGAUCGAGUGCAUGUUCCAUGACAGGCAAAUUGAGGACUUGUGGAUCCCUUAUUUUUGUGUCACAACAGAUAUCUCCAACCCAAGCAUGCGCAUCCAUACCAGUGGCAGCCUGUGGCGCUAUGUCCGGGCCAGCAUGUCACUAUCUGGCUACCUUCCUCCGCUUUGUGACCCUUCUGAUGGGCACCUGUUGCUUGAUGGAGGAUAUGUCAACAAUCUGCCAGCUGACAUAAUGCACACGAUGGGAGCCCAGACUGUGUUUGCCAUUGAUGUUGGGGCUCAGGAUGAAGUGAAUCUCACAAACUAUGGUGACAAACUGUCUGGCUGGUGGCUGCUGUGGAACCGUUGGAACCCUUGGGGCAGCACAGUGAAGGUGCCAGACAUGACUGAGAUCCAGUCUCGGUUAGCUUACGUUUCUUGCACCAGGCAGCUGGAGAUUGUCAAGAACUCGGAUUACUGUGAAUACAUCCGACCUCCCAUCGACAAGUAUGGCACACUGCAGUUUGGUGCCUGUGAUGAGAUAAUGGAUGUUGGGUACAACCAUGGCAAAACUCUCUUUUCUGGCUGGACCAAAGGAGGUUUAGUUGAAAAACUUUUCAAAGAAAACAAGCUGGAAAAAUCUCCCAGCACUCAGCGUGCUCAGCAGGAAACAGUGGCACCAGUUCCAGUCAUGGCCUACUUCACAGAUCUUGCUGAGUUGGUGUCGAAGAUAGAGAAGCCACAGUCACAUUUUUACCUGGACACAGAGAGCGACUUAACUGACGACGAUGGCCACAACAGUGCAAAGGAUGAUGAAUACAUAUAUGAUGAUGCCAUCAUUUUAGAAGAGGGUGAGACAGAUGAAACAGAAGAGGAAGAGAUAGAUGCAUAUGAUCCUGAGACCGAGAAACCUACUGAAGUAAGAUCUGAUUCAGCAGUGACUGAUGUGUUUAUUGCUAGUAGUGACAGUGUGGCAGAAGAGCCUGGAAGUUAGAACAUGCGUCAGCAAAACUCCCACUGGAUCUCCAUGAGACUGGGGAGAAAAACUUGCAGCGAGUAGGUUUCCAUUGUUCACAGUCUUCCAAUACCGUCAGUCGAAGGUCACGACCGAAAAAGUCACGAUCAACCACCAAAUUCUGAUGAUGGCAAUGUGGGAGCACAGCAUCCAGAUGCAGUAUUAAAUUUCAUGGAGCAUGGUCAUAGUCAGUCAUAAUCCAUGAUGCUUCUACAAUGUGAUGCAUGGUAUCUACAAUAGUGACUUGUGAUAAGGUGCAGCCCCCAGCCCAUACCAGGACUGUUGUGGACCUGAUGUCCAUUGUGGCACAGUGCUUGGUGGGCUGUUAUUAACCGUGCUGGAAUCUAGUGAUCCUAUUUUAUAUAUAUUUAUUUUUAUAAUUCUUUGCCUUGGUGGGCACAUGGAAUCUGCUGAGCAGUUAAAUGGCUGGCCAGUUUGGUUUAGUUCGGUGACAUCAGCUUAACUUGGACAACUGUUGUCAUGGACUUGAUGCCGGGGGACCAUUUCACCCACAAUAGACAUUUUUGAAACACACUCUGGUCUACACAAGGAAAACGUUUAAGGAGGACAAAUUGUUGGCGCUAAGUGUUCAUGUUCUAGGUUUUUUAACAUUCCCCACCCCUACCCAACCGUUCUGUGUGCAUGACACACUGCAAGGUGCUGUACAUGCAUUGCAUCUGGACCAGAAAUGUGUUCAUUCAGACCUCUCCCUUCACAUGGGAAAAAAAAAGGGUGUAAUUGAUAUGUGUAAUAUGGUAAUGUGGUAAUGUGUGAAUUCUGUGAAUGACAAGUUGCAGUUGACUAUAUUGCUGUUUUUGUGUGUACAGUGUGGUCCACCAUGUCUCUCCUCUUUUGGUGCAACCUACUUUGCUCAGUUUUUAUUGUGUGCCACACGUCGGAAAAAUCCAAUUUGUCAACACUUUUCUUUCAUUUACCUGAAGGCAAUAUUUCUUGUAAAAAUAUUGCUUAUUAAUGAGCUGCUUACCUGCCUUGCUUCAGUUUUUGUAUUCUGUGUACAAGUCUGUCAACUUUAACAAGGAGAUUUUGGUGUUUAUUUUGACUUCUGUUUCCUUCAUGUGUACAAAACCAGUGGUGGUUUUUUUAGUCAGUUGCAUGCAGCAGAAAAAAGCUCAAGCAGAAACAAAUUUGUGUAUAUUUUACGUGAUCACAUUGCCAUUACAAUGUCCUGUGUAUAUAAAUAAAUGUAUCUAAAUGAAUCAAAAACAAGAAUGCAUACUUUUCAUCAUGCAAAAAAUACACUAGCAAUCCAUAACAGUUUUUUGCAGAAUGAAUGACAAAGACAAGCUUGAUAAAUCAUAUAUUUGCUAGCUCUUUCAAUACAGAUGAAUCAAUAUAACUGAGCUUGUAGCUAUGAGAACAUGCAUGCUGAAGAUGCAAUCAAGGCACUUAGGCAUGGUGAAAGGACUGAUCCCUUGUAAACUAGGCCUUUUUGAUUCUGAAAUAAGGUUUCGAAAAAUAGAGGAAAUCAUCAAAAUUUGUAAGCAGAAACAUUAAAAAAUGUGGUUUUUACCUCUUCUGUCUGCCCAUUUGGCAUGAAGCAUAAAACAUUAAAAAUAAUAAAAAGUAGUCCUGAGAGAAGGCAUUUUGGACAGUGGCAUCACAAUGACUAAAACCAAAACAUAAAUAUUUCAGCCCAAAGCUCAGUCUAGUAUGGUAGUGUCAAGAGAAAUCUAGGACACGAAUAUUCACAACGUGAACUAAAAAUUGUAAUUUUUUUUUCAGUUCAAAUUUACAGUAAGGUAUAAAGUUUAUAGAGUAGAGCCUUAAUCUAUGGUUAACAACAAAUUUUUCAUUUUUAGCACAAACUUUCUUUGAUGCAGAUGAUAAAUAUAUAUAUGUAUCCUGCAAAUUCAGAUUUGCGUGAAGGAUGCAUCCCCAAAACAAGUUUUAAGUGUAUUUCUCUAAUAAUUGAUAAUUAUACAAUAACAAUCUUUUCAAAUGGUAUCAAACUUAAAAAACAAAACAAAACAAAUUUUGCAUCAGGUAGACUUACAUUCAGUUUUUACAGUUUGAAUCUUAAGAAUUCCAGUACAGCUAGACAAAAAAAGGAACCUGAUGAUUUUACAGGUUUUUUUUAUAUAUAUAUUCAGAACUUACAGACUGCAAGAGUCUUCACAUCAAACAGAACUGAAUUUUUGCUAAAUAUGCUAUUUUGUGAUGGAACAUUAUGGGGGUAAACAUGAACAGUAUGAACAGAUUUUGAAU